GAGCGUGACUGCGUGAGUGUACGCUGCGUCGCUGUUGUUGUUGAUUCGAUAUUCCGUUCGGAUCGACGCCACACGCGUUUCAGACGUUUCAGUUGUAGCUUGUGGUGCUGUCGGCGACUCCGAUCGUUCACCGAAUGUCGAUGUCACGUCUUUGAAUCAUCGUCCGCCGACCUAAAACCGUUUUUUUCCGUUCAUUGAAACGUUCGAAAAUCGUAAUUUCAUAUAAACAUGUCUUAUCAGCUAUAUAGAAACACGACUCUGGGGAAUACGCUUCAAGAAAGCAUCGACGAAAUGAUUCAAUAUGGUCAAAUAACACCAGCUCUCGGCAUGAAGAUCUUGCUGCAGUUCGAUAAGUCAGUAAACAAUUCAUUGGCCACACGAGUCAAGUCUAAGAUUACAUUUAAGGCUGGAAAAAUGGACACUUAUAGGUUUUGUGACAAUGUUUGGACAUUUAUGUUAAGUGAUGUAGAGUUCAAAGAAACACAAGAAAUGGCUAAAGUCGAAAAAUUGAAAAUUGUUGCAUGUGAUGGAAAAAGUGUAACUGACGAAAAUUCAAAGAAAAAUUAAUACUGACUGU